UUACCGCGGCAAUUUUGGGAAUAUGAAAUUAUAAUUUUGAUACUUGUGACGAUAUCCAAAUUGCAGGUUUAGUCAUGCGCAUGGCAGCGGUUAUGCCCAAGUGGCGAGUUUUAUUGUAAUCCAGAGCGAUCUUUAGUUGAAGAACGGUUUGCGUGGGUGUAAACCAGCCCCGUGCUCCAUAUUCUUCAGGGAGAACAGCUGAACCCGCGUUAUCACUGCAGACUUGUAGUCAGAGACCGCGCAUCUCUCCUUCUCUUCCCCAGAACUCCCGUAGUGUUGUAGCUCGUCAUCCGCAAAAUUAGAUUGAAAAGACAUAACCAGACUUUGCAUUCAGAAACAAAUGUUGUAUUUGCCCUCCCGUUCCGUCAGGAUACCACUCCUUUGAUCUUGUUUCGAUUUAACCCAGUGGAAUUCAGCGAUGAAGCCUGAUAGAAGCAUACCUUCGAAGGGAUUAGCAGCAACUAUAGACAAUUAGGCAUUUUGGGUGGUGCCUGAAGGAAAAAGGAAAAAUGGCGAGAGAGCGAACAUGUUCAGAAAACCUAGAAACUUUUUCCCUUUUUUUGAGAACUCAUCUCAUGAGGAAAGUGCUUCAUUUCAGAAUUGGCUUUAAAAUGAGCGAAGGCUGACGUAUGUGGGUCACGUGAGCGCAUUAUUCGUGCAUUAUUUUGGCAUUUGGAUGGAAAGGGCCUUGUCGUCUCGCGGCUGUGUUUCACCCAGUCACAAACUCCGCUAUUAACAACUGGCUGGUAAUAACACAACAAAUGGGAUGAGGUCGGGGUUUCUUACACCGCUGACCAAAGAAGAUCCUUUGCGAUUUAUUUGAACGCCUGGGAAAACAGGGCCGGGAUGAAUUCAGAUAAAUACAAUAUAUAUGGAGCGAAUGAAAAAAUACUUUCGUUGAUUGAUCAUUAAUCUGUCCCGUCAUCCCAUCAAGACGCCUUACUCUUGUAUAAAAUAUUUCGGUGAAACAGGACAAAAUAGCGGUCAGCGUCCAAGAGGCCGUUGGAAAGAGUCACGUGACCUCUGGUGCCAAUGUUCUUCCAGAAGGUCGUCAGGACCCUGGUAGCCGGUGAAACUAUUUUCGGAAAUGCAGAAAACGACCUAUUACGACAACUCUACGCUUUUUGGAGGUUACUCAUACCAAGGCACCAACGGGUUUGGCUAUGAUGUACCACAACCGGCCUACCAGUCUUCCGCACACCUGGAGAACGACUACCAGAGGUCCGCGUGUUCACUACAGUCCGUUGGAAACGGCACCCAGCAGCAAUCAGCAAAAACGAAGGAGCUCAAUGGGAGCUGUAUGCGCACCAGUCUGCCGCCUGAACACCACCAAGCCCCCCCAGUUUCUCCUCCCCAGAAUCCCUCAAACAGUACUAACAGCAAUUCAGCGCAACAUUCGAGCAGCAGCGGCGGCGGCGGCACAGUGAAAACAGCUUCCACCAAGACGUCCAGUCUUCCCCCUAACCCUACUCUCACCAAACAGAUAUUUCCGUGGAUGAAAGAAUCAAGGCAGAACUCGAAACAGAAAAACAGCUCGCCAAGCACAAGCACAGCUAAUGCGGAGAGCUGCAGCGGCGAGAAAAGCCCCCCGGGUUCUGCGGCAUCCAAAAGAGCGCGAACAGCAUACACGAGUGCGCAGCUGGUGGAGCUAGAGAAGGAGUUCCACUUCAAUCGUUACCUGUGCAGGCCUCGACGCGUGGAGAUGGCCAACUUGCUCAACCUAAGUGAACGACAGAUCAAAAUUUGGUUCCAGAACCGGAGAAUGAAGUACAAAAAAGAUCAAAAGUUAAAGGGAAUGGGUUCCCCCUCGGGUGGACCCUCACCCACUGGAAGUCCUCCCCUUCCGAUGCAGUCAUCAGCUGGUUUUAUGAACUCCAUGCAUCCAAUGACUGGAAACUAUGACGCCCCAUCUCCGCCAUCUUUUAAUAAGCCUCAUCAAAACGCCUAUUCCAUGUCAACAGCCUACUCAAACCCCAUGAAAACCUGCCCCGCGCAACAGAAGUAUGCCAACACGGCACCAGAAUAUGACCCUCAUGGUCUACAGGGUAAUGGUGGUAGCUAUGGAACUCCCAAUAUCCAAAGUAGCCCCGUAUAUGUUGGAGGGAACUAUGUGGAUUCCAUGCCCACUUCGGGUCCGUCUCUGUACGGCCUUAAUCACCUGCCACACCACCAGUCUAAUAGCAUGGACUACAAUGGUGCUGCACAGAUGCCAACCAGCCAACAUCACGGACCAUGUGACCCUCACCCGACAUACACAGAUCUGUCAGUGCACCAUCCUACUCAGGGUAGAAUCCAGGAAGCGCCCAAAUUAACACAUCUGUAGCAGGUUUGGAAAUUAAAUGAAACUAAUACAUGGGGCGCUGCAAUGGGACUAAAAAAAAUAAUCCAGUGGUUUCUUGUCGCUUUUUAAAAUGUAUAUUUUGAUGCUGCAGUACGAUUGUUACAAGCGUGACAUCCUUAUUUACAUUAACUUUUCUUAAUUUCUUACGAAAGUCCACCCUUAAUUUACGACUGGAAAACGUGCGUAUAGUGUAGAAUUUACCUUUGUGUUGUCCAUCCAUUCUAAGAUUAUUUGAAAAUAGAAUACAUUGAAUUUAGCCUCUGCAUAAUUUCACAGCAUGUGCAACAACUUCAGAGAAUAUUCAUACUGAAAAUAGCCCAGAAUACUACGAUAUAAUGUGAAAAACAUUCAUCUUGCCACAAGACAACCACUGGAUUAUUGUAUUUUACCUUCCUUGUUCAUAGUACCUCUUUACUUAAACCCAUCACCUUAACUAACCUAACUGUCACUUGAUAAUUUAACUCAUUUCAGCAACCAUACGAAUGGUGAGAUGGCACGUGUUCUUACAUUUCAGAGCGCCUUUCCUUCCCAAUUUAGACAGUGGGAUUGGUAUAUGCGCAAAACAAUAACGUAUAAAAAUUGGGAAGUAUUCGUAAAAUAUUUUUGUCUUAAGCACAAUGUGUAAAACCUGAAAACUUGGAUUAGCCGUCACCCCACUGCCCCCUGCUUUGAAGCUCCUUAUUUCGAUCUGUUCACAUGGCAAUAUUAAUGUUAAAGCCCGUAUCUUCUCUUUUCUGGACUUGACGUGAAAACAGGGUAUAUUUGAACAAAAUGUAUGUCCGAGAAAUUAAGCUGAAGUGACAAGGUAUAGAAAUUCACUAAUGUUUUUUUUCCUCUGGACAUCAUUGUUGCACUUAAGAGUUUACAUUUUAAUGGGUUCAAAUAUUUUGAAACGGAAGACCUCCAAUCAGCUCAAUCCUGGGCGCCUUCCUGUAUGCGUGUUCAAUUGAACAUUCAUCCAUAAAUACAUAUAUAUAUAUAUAUAUAUGCAUAUAUAUAUUUAUUUGUUAUAGCCAAUAUUUUUUUCUUUUUUGGUAUUAUUUAUCUUCCCCAAUAUUAUGUAUUUAUAUCAAAAUGUACUUUUUUAGUAUUUACCUGUUAUAAAAGACGUGUUCUUGUCAUUGUAAUCAAAUUUAAUUUAGUUAUUGUAUUCUAGAUAUUAGUAGUUUUAUGUUGCCCUUGUACAUAAAUAAUGUAUUGAGUUACAUGGGAGGCAUGAGGAUGGGAUCAGACUGACUGUUACUGCAUAGUCGAGAAUUAGGUAAACCCCUUUUUGAGAAUCUUUGUUCUUCGUAGUUACUUUUUUCCUUGCUAAGAGUUGUCUGUUGAACAAUUCUUUAAUAAAAAUACUGGUAUUCAGUUUCAUCUUA